AUGACAGACUUAUGCUUUGCUAAUUGGUUACAUAGUUGCAUUUGGGGUUACACGUGGUGGCAAGAUAGCCGCACUAAUCAGCAAGUUGCCGGAUUAGAGGAAAACUUCCGAGUGCGACAAGAACAACGCAAGGCUGAGGUUAUCGAACAAAAAAAAGCCCGAUUAGCUCAAGUUGCCAAAAUGAAACAGCAGUUAGUCGCUGAGAAUUUAAGUAAGGCUCAAACUGAUUUGACUAAUCUUCCCCCCCGGAUGACGUGGGAAAAAAUCAAGCAAAGGUAUCCGGAUUUUGAAAAACGUUCUUUGUUCUUAAAAGAGUUAGCCGAAAUUGAAGAAAAAAUAUUAAACAAAAAGGAUAACCAAACCCAAAAGCUUUCGACUAAAUUAGAAAAAUUUGCUGCACCGUCCGAAGCUGAACAACACCUUUUAAGCCAAUUGCGUUUGACCGAGGAGCAAUUUUGUGCUAUUGCUGGCCAAGCUAAGAGUUUAACCACGCCUGAAAAGGAGGUUUUACGAAAGGUUUUUGCUCAACUUUCGCCCCCAAUUAAACUAAACUUAGUUAAUGCGGGUUUGAAUAACUGCGGUGUUGAUACUUAUGAAAAGAAACUGAAUUUGCUAAAUUUAAAUCAUCGACUCCACGAAGAAAAAAAGCAUUUUCAACCCUCAAUCGAGCAAAAAGAAGCUAUUCUUCGCUUACUGAUUAACCGGUUGGAAAUAAGUUUAGAAACCAGAAAUUCUUUGGAAGAAAUAGGAGUUAGUUUUUUUGAUGCUUCUAACUGGCAAGUUCAGGAGGAGCAAAAAAAUAACUUGCUCCGGUUUGGUUUAAGUAAGUUGCAAUUGACCGAAGAACAAAAUCAAAAUUUACUCAACUUGGCUUAUCCCGAAGGAUUUCAGACUUUUGUUUUUCACGAGGAACAAGACAGCAUUUUGCGAGUCCUGGCUCCUUUAAUUCAGGAGUACAAACACUCCUCGGCAGCCAAAGAACUAAUUAAUGCUUUGCAGUUAAAAACUUCUCACUUAAACUUUUUUGUUAAGGAGGGGAUAUUUCCUAACCCGCAUACCGAUUUUGGUCCAGUACCCGAAGCUUACUGGUUGCUGCGGACGAAAUUUUUAUUAGGCGAGCAAAAACUACUCCGCCAACAAGAAAAAGCUCGGUUAAAAACAGAAAGAGAGGAAGAAAUUCAAGCCAGAAAACAGUUAAUAAUCCAAUCCUUAGGCCACUUUGCCGAAGAAAAACUAAAAGCUAAACAAAGUUUAAAUAUCAGCCUCUCUUUGGAAGAUUGA